AUGAAUAAAUCCUCCAGGGAUAAAGAUAACCGCAACCAACAGAAGGAGGUAAAUGGUGAACUGCUGAAGAGGAUAACCGACAAUAAGGCCCAUCCCCCAGCUCAAAACUUUCGGGAGGAGUGCUCAACUACAUCCGUGCCCAUCACAUUUGAUUCCCAGCCCUUUGAGGUCCACGCUUGGCUCAAUGCAAAGGGCUUCUCUAGACCGGUGGUGGAAUGUCUUGGUAUUCUGAACGGGGCGCAACUAUUUUCCCUCAGUAAGGAUGAGCUGAAAGCCGUAUGCGGAGAUGAGGGUUCCCGUGUGUUUAGUCAGAUCACUGUGCAGAAAGCUCAAAUAGAGAGGGGUCGUGGGGAUACAGAACUACAGGAGAUCAUGAGGCGACGACAACAGGAGGUGGAGGGCUCAACCUGGGAAUGA